AUGUCAAGGAUGUAUCCGAAGUCCUUGGGUCAAGGUGGUAGACGAUCACUUUCCGACGUACAAGUGGGGAGAAUAGAAGAAUCACAAGGAAAAGAUACUCGUCCCCCUACUCGAACUGCUUCCUUAGCUGCUCCUGGAGCCGGAUCAUAUCUUCCUCUCGGGGAACGUGCCCCCGUUGGCUUUCAGCAGCGCCGAGUUUCAGCCACCAGGCCAAUACCACGAGUUGAGACUUCUGAUAUUGAUGGCUCUGAACAAACUGAAUUCCGUCAGGAAUAUGAAAGUCAGCGCAACAAAUCCUCCAGCACUGUUAAGUCGCCCGAAGAAGGGGUGGAGGCUCAAACGGACCUGUCUAUCGAACGACGAAAGGAAAACUUCGCCCCGAUUGUUAACCAGCAAUCCCGAACUGAAUUUACUACAUCCACGGCUAAGGAAGCCGAUAUAGCAAAUGAAGAGCCACAAAUCAGGUUACCCACACCGUCUCCUUCGAGCUCAAGGGCAACCGUAAGAAUAGCUCGAGACUCCAUUGAGACGUCUCAGAGCAUAAGUGAUGAUUCAAACGGACCUACAACCUCUUCGUGCCCGCUUCGCGAGGAUCCAGAAUCUAGUCUUCAAUCCCUGUAUGGAAACAUUCCACCGGGCUGGACCUCGAAUCUAGAGCUCAUUCAUGCUAUUGAGGAUCCCUUCGAUGCAAAAUAUACUGCUGCAUUUGAUGUAUUCUACAAUACCCGCCGUUUUUUCGAUAAACCUUCUGGUACAAUUCUCGACGGCUCCUAUGAUAACUAUCCUAUCGGAUCUGGAACUGUAUCUGGGAAAUCGAUCUACGGAGUAUUCAUUAAUGAUUCUCUCAUUGGUGAAUCGAUUGCUGCCGUUGGACCUCGAUCGUUUAUUCCACCAAGCCUGCCAGGUAUGGACUUUUUUCACCGGCGAGCCCUUGAAUUGAGCACUCCUAGUUCAGCGGGUGCCGAUCAGAAGCUCUCUGGUCCUCAAAAAAGCCUAACGGUUCCAAACCGGCGUCUACGCCGGCCCCAGCUCUCCGACUCAAUGGGUUAUAAUUCGUUGCCCCGACGCCGAAAGGUCGCGGGAAGGGAUACAAUCACAUCACCCAUUCGGCUUCGUCCAAUCUUUCGGACAAGUCCCCCACGUGCUCCCUCUUUUGGGAUGCGUAAGAGAGCUUCCACGCUUAGACCCAAAACUGUUAUGGCAUGGUGGAAAGAGCGUGAAGCUAUGAUUUCACAAGUCGAACCAACAGGUCGUGGAACCCUCGAUACCAGUCUUGGAAUGCAAAUGUCAAAAUUGAUCCCGAAUGAAAAACCCAAAGCGCCACCAUCACCAAAGACUGAGCCUCCAAAAAAGAAAGAGAAGGAGAAAAGACGUAAUCCGCUUCGGCGUCUUUCUUCGCUUUUCGGAAAAAGACAAAAUAGCGAGACUAGCCUUAAGUCGAUGGCAAAGUCGAAUGAAUCCCACAGAAGUUUAAAUUCGCUUCCCUCUCAGGUUUCCUUACCUCAAUACCGUCAGGGAUUACCAUCUUUCAUUACCGCCAACAUCGUGAGAAAUAAUCGGGCUUCUCAUGCUGUGAGUGGAAACAUUGAAAUUGCAAGGCCUCGACAGAUUUCAGAUUCAUCAUCUGUUGUGCAACAAAGAAUCUCGUCUUUCGAAGCUCCUCGCCCUAUUCGGGUCGAAAAGAAGUAUCAAACAUCACCUUCAUAUCAACUCCUGAAUACUCUCAAGCCAGUACGCGGGCGAUCCUUAAAGGAACACUUUGAAAAGGGACCUGAAACCGGCACGCGAGACGUUGACCCCAACGCCCUAUACGAGGACACUCAAGCCCAGAAAGCAACACCCCAGCACGAGCUAGUAACACCACCAGAUAUUUCUGGACAUGAAAUCUCCAUAUCUAGUCACCACACACCACCAAUACUUGAUACUUCCAAUGGUUCUGAUUCUAUCCACUUAGAAGAUUUCUCUGUGACCAAUCCGCCCUUUAUUGAAAAUUUUGAGGGCGAGACGAGUGGCUCGCAGGAAAUAUAUGAUGCCGAGCUUGUUUUAUCCUCUCCUGAUUUCUCAGAUCCUCAGAUCGUCACGAGCACACCUUUGCAAAACAGUGGCUUGGGUUCCCCUCUAGUACCCCAGAGUAUAUCAAUACUUGGAGAUAGCCGCUCAAGUCACAAUUUCGAUUCCCCCCUUGAUAGCAGCGCGAAUUCAAACCGCAACAACAAUUCUAUGAAUUUUAGACCAAUUGGAGCUACAAAGUCGACGAGCAGUAGUAAACUUGCUCACGUUCGAAAGACCGUUGAGCGUAUCGAUAAAAGAUAUGAUAGUACUAGAAGUGUGGAUAGUGCAGCUUCUGAUGACAACAAAGAGAAUAUUGCACCAAACGAAAGCGUACCCGAUCUUCCAAAUAUCUCGCCCCGAAAUAGUCGCCGAAGAUCGCUAUCUGGCAUUCUAGGAUUUAUUCGAGGUGAGACAAAUACGCAGGGAAUGGGGAUAAAACUCGAAGGAUCCCUUCGACGUCACAACCGGGGUUGGCAAAAACGCCCACUUCGUAUGGUGAAGUCAGCAUUGGGACCAUUUGGAGCAAAGAAUUCCGGCAAGACGAUAUCGCAAGACCAACAUGGAAUCAAGAAAAAGAGACAGUCUGUCCUAGAUCUAUUUAAGUUCUCGCGACCUGUCGACACAGCACAUUCAACUCCAACUCCUGGUACACCGUCAUUCCGAGUGCUGCCAACUUCUGAUUCUAUCUCUCUAUCGGGCGAGAUCGAAUUACCAGUCCACAAGAAUAGGUCCAGGUUGAGCAUGAAACUGGGACGCAAGAAGAAACCUAUUUUAGUUGUCCCCAAGUACCCCAAGAAGGACAGAUCCCGGGGUAAUUUGUUUGGGCUCUUCGAGUUUAAAAAAGGUUCUCCUAGAAGCUCCUUCGUCAUACAUUCAGACACGAAAGAAGCACCCGAAAGAAAAUUUAGCACUGAGUCAAACGGGACAAUAUCAAAAGCGACUCGGCGCUUGAGCAAGAAUGUUUUCCCAAUAUUCAAACGGCGAAUCUUUUCGGCUCCACCUGAUACCCAGAGCUUACUACCAGAGCCCGAAUCACUUGUGCGAGAGCGUUCUAUUUCUCCUCCUCCACAGCUCGAAUUAUUCCUACCAAGCUCCGGCUUCUGA